UCUCGGAAAUUGUCGUGGAAAUGGCUGCUAUGAACUAUCAUUUCUCCUCGAAUCUGAUAUUUCGGUGCGAACCUUCCGUUUGUUUGGGUCAAAAUUUGAUGCUAAAGAGCCCUCAGAAUUCAUGGCUAGGGACCAAAAUUUGGGUUCAGCCUUGCAGUCUCAGUCUGAGAUCUCAUGUGUCAGUUUGCACGCGCCGCCCCUUCGCUGCCACCGUCUCCUUCAGUCUCCCCACCGCAAAGCCAGUGCGAGUUUCUCCCGAAAAGGAAUUUCCCAGAUGGUCUUCCAAGGCUAUAAAAUCAUUUGCGAUGGCUGAAUGUGAGGCAAGAAAACUUAAGUAUCCAACAACUGGCACUGAAGCCCUUCUCAUGGGGGUUCUUAUCGAGGGUACUAAUCUAGCUGCUAAGUUUUUGCGAGCCAAUGGAAUUACACUUUUUGAGGUGCGAGAUGAAACUGUCAAGUUACUUGGAAAAGCUGAUAUGUUUUUCUUCAGCCCCGAGCAUCCUCCGCUGACUGAAGAAGCGCAGAGGGCCCUUGAUUGGGCUAUUGAUCAAAAAAUGAAAUCUGUUGAUGGUGGGGAAAUUACCACAGCACACAUACUUCUUGGCAUUUGGUCUGAAGUGGAUUCCCCUGGUCACAAGAUACUGUCCACCCUUGGCUUUAAUGAUGAGAAGGCUAAAGAGCUAGAGUCCUCAAUUUCUAAACCUCGGGUUACCGAUGAUUGAUGUUUGCUUUAAGAUGUAUGGGCAAGAGUUUUUCUUGAGUGCGUAUUGGUCAUUGAUGCAAUUGUUGUACAAUAGAUAGAUCAACAGGCUAUUAUGUUCUGCCUAUUGAUUUCGAGUGCAGAAAUCUUAUUUUCUAAUGUGAAUUCCACUCCCU